AUGCCUCCUCGAUUUGGUCUACAGCCUCUUAGGCGCAAAAGUUCCGUUUAUUUAAAGACCCAGAGCACUGAGAGGAAUUCAGUAUGUUUCUUUUGCUCAUUAUCGAGUCGAUCUAGCGCAAAUUCCAGUCGUCGUUCGAAACGGAAGUCGCCAAAUCCUCGUCGUUUCGCUUCGACGACUUCCUCUAGUUCUAAUCGUGUGAUCGCCAAUCCCCGCAAGGAAUUGGAGUAUAUUCUUGUCGAGCUUGAAAAGCACGCUGCCAACUAUGUCAACCUUCCUCGCCUACAGUUGGCCAUCAAUGGUCUGCGGCAACAGCCGGGCAAUGAAUCCAUAAGAGUAGCUGUACUAGGUCUAACAAAUGGGACCGAGUCUAGUGAGACUGCAAAGCAAGUGCUAAAACUUUUACUCGCUGAUCCGCUGAAGUCCAAGGAAGAAUGGGAGGAAGAAGUCGAUAAACACAAUUUAACACAGCCCAUGAUCAUUCGAGUUGGGGAAGAUAUACCCCAACAAUUUGGAUCUAUUUCAGUCUCUGCGAGGGAUAGCUUGCUACACGAGAUCCAUGUCUCGUCUGCGACACUCAAUGGACACAAUCUAGAGUUGCUGCUUAUGGAUGUGAAUCCCUCCAUAUCUGCGCAAGAAAUAGGAGCUCUUGGGGGGUUUGAAGAUUCGGCACUUGUUCCUUCAAUAGAAGUACCUACUUCUAGUACGGGGAGACAUACUCCUCUUACGACACCAGUGCACAAAGCCCUCGUUGUGGCAGAUGGGAUUCUAGGUCUCGCGUCGAUAGUUUCGAUGCCUACACGAGAAAGCAAAAAUGUGGUCACCACCGCGGUGAACUUGCCCGGAUAUAAACCACCAGAUGAUUCUCUCUUGCCAUUUACUCUUAUCGAUAUUGGAACUGCAAGUAUCGGAUUAGGUCUAGUUCGCAAGAAUCUUAACAAUGCCAUCGAGUUUGAACACCUUUGGUUCCAAAGCAACGUUCCGAAGUUAGUCGAGUGGUUAAAGGCGGACAUCAUGUCUUCUUCCGACGGCACGACUAAACCACCCGUUAAGGAGCUCAUAGGUUCACUACUCAGGAGUACGUCCGCAAGUAUAGAGCGAGAACAAGCUCGUCGGAUCGGCUCGUCAUUAUCUUCAACGCUCUCACCCACACCCCCGACAGUGUUACAAAAUAACCUUGAUGAUUGGGCAGAAAACGCGCACACUGAACUACAAGAGCAACUUGACUUGGCAUUCUCCAGCAGGCGCUGGCGCAAGUUGGGGUGGUGGAAACUAUUUUGGCGUGUGGAUGACGUGGGGAUGCUCACGAACGAUAUCCUCAACCAAAGGUUCUUACUGGGAUCAGAGAGGAAUGCCAUCUUUCUUGCUGGAAGAAUGAAAGAAGCGGGUAUUGCUUUGGGACCUUUCCCAGAUCCAUCAUAUACUGAAGAAAAUGGUGCCGAGUCUAAUCAGUUGGAUACUAAGACGACUACACCAGCAACAGCCCCUUGGCCAGUAAAUAUCCCUGCCACGCGUCGUUACCUUCAAACAGAAACUAUCCCCGCCUUACAAGCACUCGCGCAAAAGCUUACGCUGCAAACUCUUAGUACGUCGGGGCUCACGACUACACUUGGCAUGCUUAUUUACUUCAGUACCUUGACAACAACGCUCUACGAAGCUGGCGCGGUUGCUGCAUUGGGUAUUGCAUGGAGCUUGAGGCGCAUGCAGAAGCAAUGGGAAGCAGCGCGGAAGUUCUGGGAAGGCGAAGUAAGAGAGGAAGGCCGAAAAGCGGUCCGAGGUGUUGAAGGUGUGAUCGGCGAUGCUCUGAAGCAAGGCCCGACCCUUAAAGAUAGGGCGGAUGGCCAAGAGGAGUUGGCUAAAGCUAAAGGGUUAGUAGAGCGGGCUCAAGAGAUGUUGAGCAAGCUGAAGUGA